AUGACGGUAGGAUUCAUUUUGCUUACUGUUAUUCUUGCGUUUAGUCACGCACUGUGUCCAAAUGGUUGGCGUCAUUUUCAAGACUCGUGUUUUCUGACGAAACAAGAAACAUUAAACUGGAAUGAUGCCCAGCAUGCCUGUCAGGGAAUCAAUGCGAGACUUGCUGAAGUUCAGACACAAGGGAAGGUUGAAUUCUUAAGGAACAUGCUAUCAAAAGAGAAUGGAGAUUGGUGGAUAGGAGCAAAGGAUGACGUCACAGAAGGUCAAUGGCGUUGGGCAUCCGGCGAACUGUUCGACUACACUGACUGGGCUCCAAAAGAACCAAACAAUGAUCAUGAGCAGGAUUGUCUUCAGAUGUAUAAAACAGACCAGUAUCACUGGGAUGACGAUCACUGUGAUAAAGCCAAACAUUUCAUUUGUGAGAAAGGCUUCAAUUCAACGUUACCGGUUAUUGGAUGA